AUGGCUCUCGGAAUGGAGAAUGGCACAAUUCGUGAUGAUCAAAUCACAGCAUCUAGCGAAUAUAACAGUGCUUUCAGCGCGUCUAAUGGAAGGCUAAACUACACACGAGAAAGCGGAAAAAUUGGGGUAUGGUCAGCGAGAAUAAGUGAUCGCAAUCAAUGGUUGCAAGAGCAUUUUGAACGAUCGACUAUCAUUACAGGAAUAAGUACGCAAGGCCGUGAUUCCUUUCAUCAGCAUGUCAAAAGUUACACGAUUUCUUUCAGCGUUGAUGGAGCAAAAUUCCAUAAUUAUCAACCAAAUGGAAUACCUGAGGUUAGCUGAAUCGUGCUCUUCGUUGGGAGAAAUAAGAAAUUAUAAUUAACUUUUGUUUUUUAUUAUAUUCGUUUUGAUUUUAGAUAUUCGAAGGAAACAGUGACGGCGCUUCUAUCGUAAAUCACAUUUUUGCACCUUCAAUUGUGGCUGAAAUUAUUCGCGUACAACCAAUUGCUUGGAAAGAUCAUAUCUCUAUGCGAGCCGAAUUUUAUGGUUGCUAUUACUAA